CGGAAGUAGAAAUUAUGUCGUUUUGAAUAGCAUGUUGUGAUAAAUGUAAACAUGUCGGGCUUCAGCGCUGAGCUCAUUGACUACCUGGAGGGUAGAAUCACUUUUGAGGAGUUUGACAAGAGAAGAGAUGAGCGAAAGGAGAAGGAGUGUGAAGUCACAGCUGAGGAUGUGGAAGACAAUGCUCAGCCUUCCACCUCAGCAAAAAUCAUCCCCAAGAUAGAGGAGGGAGUCAGCCCAGGAGUCCAGUUGGCUUUUGCCUCCAUACUGGGAGGCACACCACAACCGCCAUCAUCUGGAGAGGAGGAAGAAGAUGAGGAGGAGGAGGAGGAGGAGGAGGAAGAGGAGGAGGACAGCUUGAGUUAUGUGGAUGAUGAAGAUGAUGAGGAUUACAAGAUGGAAGAGGAGGUGAGGGAAAAGAGAAAUGAGUUGGAAGAGGGCCUGACAGAGACGAGGCACGGGCGAGGGGGCAGAAAGGGAAAAGGAGGGGGGAGUAGGAAGAAGACGGAGACGGAGACGGAGGAUCCGACAGUGGGAGAUGUGUUCGCGCUGGAGAUGGAGCUGGAUCGAGAAAACAAGAAGAUGAUGAAGGAGCGACGCCAUCGCAGUAAACUGCCUCGUGCUCUGAGAGGCCUCAUGGGAGAAGCCAACAUCCGCUACGCCAGAGGAGAGAAAGAGGAUGCCAUUUUAAUGUGCAUGGAGAUCAUCAGACAGGCUCCUCUGGCUUAUGAGCCCUUCUCCACGUUGGCGAUGAUCUACGAGGAUGAGGGUGACAUGGACAAAGCACUGCAGUUCAGUCUGAUCGCGGCUCACCUUAACCCCUCAGACUGUGACGAGUGGAUCAGACUGGCUGAGUUGUCACUGGAGCAGGACAACAUCCGACAGGCCAUUGUCUGCUACAGCAAAGCCAUCAAAUAUGACUCCACUAACGUGCGUUACCUGUGGGAGCGCUGUAGCCUUCAAAUGCGUCUGGGCGAGCACAAGCAGUGCAUGGAUGGCUACCGCAGGAUCCUGUCUCUGCUGCCUCAAGAGGACGGCGAGCACUUUAUGCAGCUCUCCAAGGACAUGGCCAAGAGCUAUUAUGAAAGUAAUGACAUGCCUUCAGCUCUGAGUGUGAUAGAGGACGCUCUGGCACGACACCCCACUCUGGUCAGUGAUGAUGUCAUCAACAUGGCAGCUGAGCUCUACAUCUCCAGCCGCCAGUACAACAGAGCAAUGCAGGUCUUGGUCGACUUUACUGGUAUUACUUUGGUCAAGAAUGACUCGAAAUCGGACUCCACAGCACAGGCACAAGAGUCCGAAGUGGCAGAGAAGACGACUGAGCAGCAGAAGGGGAAGAAUGAAGAAGGCACAAAAACUGCAGAGGAAGCAGCAGCAGGGGAGGAGAACAGCAUAGUUGAAAGUGUACAGGUUCCAGACUCAGUCCCAGUGGACCUCAGAGCCAAGCUGAUUAUCUGCCUCAUACACCUCCACUCUUACACGCCCCUGGAGAACAUGGUGCAAGUGCUGAUGGAGCAGAGUCCAGAGGAGAUUGGCGACCUGUACCUGGACGUAGGUGAGGCCUACCUGGAGGAGGGCGAGUAUAUGUCUGCUCUGCCUCUGCUGUCUAUGCUUGUCCUAUCUGAGAAGUACAACCUGGCUGUGGUGUGGCUUCGACACGCAGAAUGUCUGAAGGCGCUGGGCCAAAUGGAGGCAGCAGCAGAAAGCUACACUAAGGUGGUAGAGAUGGCUCCACAGCACCUGGAAGCCCGGCUCUCAUUGGCCACCCUGCAGCAGCAGCUGGGCCGACCUGAGCGUGCUCUAAAGGCCCUGGAGUCCAUGUAUGACACCGACACACUGUCCCAGGACUCAUCAGCUGCACAGAAGGAACUGAAGCUGCUUUUACAUCGUUCCACUUUGCUGAAAACUCAGGGACAAAUCCAGGAUUACUUGGAUGCUAUGAUUGCUAUGAUUUCCAUGCUGCUUAAGGUGGCCAUGCAGCGAGCUAAGGUGUGUGUACGCUCUGUAAACAUGUCAGGUGUGAAUCACCUGAGGCUCCUGUUGGCCCAAGAUGCUCUGCCAGAAAUUGCUGACCAUGAAGCUGCGUAUCUAGACAAUACCGGUAAAACCAACGUUCUGUCCAAAGAGGACUGGUGGCAGCUGCUGGUGAGCUGUGUACGUACCCUGGGUGAGGUGCAGCGCUACGAGGAGGCUGACCUGCUGGUGGAGUCUGCCAUGGAGUUUUACUCGUUUUAUGACAACAAACCUAAGAGAAAGGAGCUGGAGUUCUUUGGGCUUUCUGCUACCAUCCUGGACCACAACUACUACAAGGCCUAUAACUACAUUAGAUUAAUGCUGAUAGAAAAUGUGGAUCUGCCUCAGCUGUGGAACAUUUUCAACCAGCUGACCAUAACCUCUCAUCACCAGCGGCACCAUCGCUUCUGUCUGCGUAUGAUGUUGAAACACCCAGACAACCACGCCUUGUGUGUCCUCUGUGGACACAACGCCAUGGUGUCGGGAAGCUUCAAACAUGCGCUGGGCCAGUAUGUUCAGGCCUUCCAGAGUCACCCCAGCAACCCGCUGCACAGCCUUUGUGUGGGUCUCACCUUUUUCCACAUGGCAUCACAGAAAUAUGUGGCAAAACGACAUAUCCUGGUGCUGCAGGGUUUCUCCUUCCUGUGGCGGUACAUUGAGCUGCGCGGAGAGUGUCAGGAGAGCAUGUACAAUCUGGGCAGAGCACUGCAUCAGAUGGGCCUCACUCAUUUGGCAAUACAUUACUACCAGAAGGCACUAACACUGCCUGUACCGAAACUUGAGGGUGUGGCUGAUGACCAGGUGGAUCUGAGGCGGGAGAUCGCCUUCAACCUGUCACUCAUCUACCAAGCGAGUGGGAACACAGAGAUGACUCGACAACUCAUCAACACUUACUGUGUAGUUUGAACAUGCACUCAAAUUCAUCUACAUUAAUAUAAGAUGGAGACUCAGGUUUCCUGCACUGAAAAAAUAUGGAGGACAAAGAACUAGUAAUUCAUAAAACACACUCAAAUAAAAAAACACAAUUUCUGCAUUUAUUUAUUUACAAA